AUGAAGCAGUGGGAACUGGAACAGAGCAUGGCAAAUACCUUUGUAACAGUAUCUGAUGGAUACUGCCUUAGUGAGCCAAUACAGUAUUAUGAUGUCUUACCAGACCAUAUCAGUUAUCCAGUGCAAGACCUUGAUUUCCAAGCUGCUCCUUACUGCCAAUAUUCAACUGUUCAGUUCCCUCCAGUAUUACAGACACCAUCUCCACAGACUCAUUACAAUUCAUAUAGUUUGGACUCUCAGUUCAGUGAUGGCCAAUACAUCAUCAAUAAUUGUGAAUUCAAUAAACCCACCUGCAUGGGUGCCCAUCAUGAAGGGGCAGGAUACUUUGGACAGAAACGACCUAGGCUUAAUCAUUCUGCCUUACGAAUAAAAGGGCAAGAAGAGCUCUGUGUAGUCUGUGGAGACAAGGCUUCAGGAUAUCAUUACAAUGCGCUCACCUGUGAAGGCUGUAAAGGAUUUUUUCGACGGAGCAUCACCAAAAAUGCAAUAUACAGAUGCAAGAGUGGAGGUCAUUGUGAAAUGGAUAUGUAUAUGAGGAGGAAGUGUCAGGAAUGUCGCCUAAAAAAAUGUAAAGCUGUGGGAAUGCUGGCUGAAUGUUUGCUAACUGAAGUCCAAUGUAAAUCAAAACGACUUAGAAAAAAAAGUAGUUUCCUUUGCAACAUCAAAAUGGAAGACGAGGGAAUGGACAGCAAGCACGUAUCUUCUACAACCAAACCUUUAAAAGUCCAGGAGAGAAUGGAAUUUACUCCUGCAGAACAUGAACUCAUUGAUCAUAUAUUGGCUGUUCACCAAAAAUGCACAAUUCCAAUGGAGGAAGCAAAAAAGUUUUUACAGGAAAGUACUAAUCCUGAAGAGAAUUUUCUACGUCUUUCGGAAACAGCAAUGGUUCAUGUGCAGAUCCUAGUAGAUUUUACAAAAAGACUCCCAGGAUUUGAAAGCUUAGCCAAUGAUGAUCAGAUUGCACUAUUAAAAGGUUCUACAAUUGAAGCCAUGUUUUUACGCUCAGCACAAUUAUACAAUGAACAAGGGAUUGAAUAUCAGAUACCAUUUAAUGAAAAUCAUAUAAAAUUUUCUGAUCAUACUCUUUGUGGCCAAAAUAAAAGUGCUUAUCCCACAGAAAUGUCUCAUACAGAAGAAAGUCCAACAUCUACUAGUACAACAGGUAUAACUGAGGAGUUUAUCACUGCAUUAUUUUAUUUCUACAGAAGCAUGGGAGAACUUAAUGUGACUGCAACAGAAUAUGCCUUACUUGUUGCAACUACUGUGUAUUUUUCAGAUCGUCCACUCCUAAAAAACAAACAACAUGUAGAAAAACUCCAGGAACCUUUUUUAGGAAUUCUGUACAAAUAUUCAAAAAUCUAUCAUCCUGAAGAACCGCAACAUUUUGCCCGCCUCAUAGGGCGGCUCACUGAACUCAGAACACUUAAUCAUAACCACUCAGAAGUACUAGUAACUUGGAGAACAAGAGAUCCUAAGCUGACGUCUUUACUUUGUGAAAUGUGGGACUUGCACUGA